AUGGCAUUUUUUUCUUGGGCUCAAGAAAAAGUGAGAAAAUUUAGCAUCCGGCGGCCAAGCCUAGAGGAUGAGUCAGGGAAAAGAGCAUCAAAACCUAAUGACCCAAAAGUUCCAGGUGUGACGGUAAAGUCGAAAUCCUUGACGGAUAAAAAUCAAUUUAUUCUUGCCGGAUCGGUGCUAUUAUUGAUCUUUUCCUGCGUUUCGCUGGUCUUUACGAUCAAGACAAUUGUUCCUGGUCUUCACUCAAGACAUUUGCAGGAAACCAAUUGCACAGUUAUCGAUUCAAUUUACAAUGGAAAGAUCAUGUGCCCAGUCACAAAUUUGAGCGAUCGAGGAUGCACUCCAAAAAUGAACUGCUUAGAAAUUUUCGUCUCAACAAAUCCGAAUUACGGAGACAAAACAGCUUAUCUCCUUCACCAAAACGAAUACUCGUUCGUUACUGAUCUCCUGCCGUGCUCUUAUCAUCCCCCGCAGUGCACUUGCAAUACGGACAUUUUGAACAACGCGACUGAGAGAUUCAACGAAACAUUUGGCCUUCAGGGCAACAGCUUCUCAUGUUUCCAGAGCACAAAAAACCCUCAGGAAGUAACUAUGCAUCGAAUAAUCAAGACUUCGGACAUGGCUCACUCAAUUUUUUGGCCUCUUUUUGGGAUCAUUCUUUCCGUCUGGAGCAUCGUGUCUUUUGCAAAAAAGAACAAUUCAAAAAUCAAUCGACUUUAUAUCUACAAUUAUUUUGGUUCAUAA